CGUUCCAGAGUGUGUAGUCAAUAGUGUGUCCGUUCCAGAGUGUGUGUAGUCUAGGCAGCAACUGUAGUGCCCCUGUGCCACGGCUAUCUGUCACAAGUCAGGGCAGACCUGGGGACUGCCUGGAUUUACCCGUUCCUUGAUAAACCCACAUCAACCACCAGCAUAAACCCCUCUGUAAUGUUUGUCUUGAUGAGGCCGGGGUAGGGAGUGAACCUAAUCUCUAAUGGGCACACCGGUCUAAUACAAAUUAAUAGUAGGUGUGCAGUUGGAUAAACUUUUGGCAGCUGCCAUGGUGUUUGUUUUAUUGAAAAUCUACUGGAUUUUCAGCCUCAUUAAUCUGCCCCACAGAAAGUGGAAAAGGAACCUGUGAUUGAGUUAAUCCUGGAGGAUUUCUGCAGAGGGUGAAAAAUAUCAGUCAUGUUGCUUUGAGUGGAGGGCGUUGCAGUGUUAAAACUCCUGCCUCUUUGAUGUCCCAGUGCCUCCUUUCAACUUUUGUGUAUCCGGCACUGUCUGGAAGGAGGAGAUGAGUGGGCCGACUCUCCCUUUAAAUACAGCAAGCCAUUCUAUCUGCCAGUCAGUCUGUCAACAGUGCUUUCACCAGCAGCUCUCCUUGGGGCUGUGCUCAACUGGAACUUUAAAGGAAAAUCCUGCCUGCUAUUGAAGAAAUGCCUGGAGUCUGGAAUGUGGUGUGUCUGUGCUGCUCCCUCUGGAUGGUACUGGCUGGCUGUGACCCUCAGCAACACCAACUCCAGCACACAUUUAAGGACACGGUUCUCAGGAAGCUGGGGCUCCUCGAGGAGCCACGCCUGACCAAGAGGGACCUGGAGAAGGUGGUGGUGCCAACACCUCUCCGGAACAAGUACAUGUCCAUGCUGAAGCUGCACAAGGAGAAGGAGAGGAAGCGGAGAGCCCUGCCCAGCCUGGCCGGCAUCUUGCGAGGAGUUCCCGGGAACUCGGACACCACCGGAGACGUGCUGUACUCGGACCCCACCCGGCAGAAGCUGGUUUUCGACAUGAAGGGGCUGAUCCCGGACAACAGCGAGGUGACCAUGGCAGAGCUCAAGCUCUUCAAGAAGGGCGUCCACAAGGGGGAGCUCCCACCCAGGAAACACAGCCCGCCAGUCAACAACGCCAGGGUCAGUGUGUACUGGGUCAAGACCCUGGCCGACGGCACCAACAGCACCUCACUCAUAGACUCCAGGCUGGUCCCCAUCCUCGAUUCCGGUUGGAAGAUGUUCGAUGUCACCCAAGCUGUCCACUACUGGCAGAACACUAGGGAGCUCCAGAUGUACCUGGAGGUGUGGAUCGAAGCUGAGCGGCCGGGCAGACACGCAGCCGAGCUUGCCAGGUUCGUCCGCUUCACGUCCCAGGAUCCCACUGACCGGAUGCUCGGAAAACCAGAGCUGCUUCUCUACACUCUCAACUUCAGUGAAUAUGGUGCUGCCGGUGACUGUGGGGGAAGCCCGACUCAGAGGAGUGGGACAUGCUGCAGGCAGGAACACUUCAUCAACUUCCGGGAGCUGGAGUGGACCCAGUACUGGAUCAUCGAGCCCCCCGGCUACCAGGCCUUCCACUGCGUUGGGGGUUGCAAGCAGCCACAGUGGCCCUUCGUCUAUGGAGAGAGGAGCUGUGUGGCGGUGGAGAGUGCCUCGCUUCCCAUGAUGUACCUGGUGAAGAAGGGCGACUACACGGAGAUCGAGGUGGCUGAGUUCCCCAACAUGAUCACUGAGAAGUGUGGCUGCAGCACCGACAACAUCUCAGUCUUAUAGCCAGAUGGGACGGUGCCAUUCUUUCACCCUUGACACCACCCCGCUGCCCUACUUCCCCUGUAGGCCUGGCUGACUAUGUCACCAUGGUUACCGGUGGCUCUCCCACCUCUCCAGUGGUCAUGCCAGCUGGAAGGACAGAGGGUUUAAGCCAGGGAGGGUUGUUGAGCUUCCCCUCUAAAGUGGAGUGUUUUUCAUUUGGAGGUGUGGAACUGCCUCAUCAGAUCUGCCUCCUUCAGUCAGACUCUGCAGGAGAGUUGGCAUUCCUGGAAGAUGCUAGAUUUGGGGGUGGCUGACUUACUCCUCAGCUGAACCACGCUGGUGUGGAUACUGGAGAAAGCACAAGAUAUCAAACGUUCCUGCUUUGGAUUGGUCAGACAGUGUGGGUUUUAAGUAAGCAGUCUCACGCUUACACUUCUGUUGGCUUUACACACUCAUUAACCUUAACUUGCCAGGGCAACAGUUAUUCAGAUUCCUGCCCAAUUGUGGGUCCACUGAUUUUAGGGCCCUGCCCUUGGCCCAUGAGUCAGGACACUGAAAAACAACAGCACUGUCUGAUACCUUGAACUGUGUCACAAACACCCCAUGUAAAGGGAACUCAGCCCCAAUGUGGGAAGCACUUAAUGACACUGCACAGCAUUUUGUUUCAGCAGCGGUAUUCACUACACAGACAUUGAACACUUGGGGGGGGGGGGAGGGAUGCUUAGCUUUGUGCGUGGGGUUUGGAGUUACAAGUGUCGGGGUACAGGACCAGACUGGCUGGGGUUAAGGUGAGCUUCUCUAUGUCCGUCUAGUAUUGACCUGGUGAUUGUACAGGGAGAGUGUGGUCACACUCAGGAAAGUCUGGGAGGGAAUAAUUAUCUCCAGGUCAACAGAACAAGGAGUAUUUUGAACCAUGAACUUCAAGUGUGAUUUAUCAUGGCAGCUUUGUCCUUGGUUAUUCGACCAUAGGGGAGAGUAAAAUUGCUACGUGUCCUCUCUAGUCCCACAUGGCCUCUGACAGGGGCCCUACAAUGUGGACUUUGCGUCAAUACAGAUCCCCCGAAUGCACUCGUUGUGUGAGGAUUGACAGAUCUCCAUGUGUUCAUGGGCAGAUUUUAAUUCAUGUAUGAUAUUUGUAGAUAAAUCCUGAAUUAAAGUAUAUAUUGAGUCAAUUGAUGAAAGGGGUGUGACGUAUGCUUCAUUCUACUUGCUGUUGCUCCUUCUUGGCCUCUUGGCAGUCGGAAGGUCCCAGAGUAUUACCUCUCCGUCUGUUUCUCUCUGAGCCGUCCAGUCGGAGUGGGGCUUUCUCAGUGAACUGUAGGGCCUUCGGGAGUGUAAUGGGACGGAGGCUGAGAGGUGCAAGUGCAUAGUUCACCGGCUGGCAGAGACAGUGUUCGAUAUGCUGCUUUUCAUCGGUCCUGACAUUUGAGUAUGAAUUAGCAACUUAAAUUGAUGCAGUUGCACUUGUUCUGUCUACAGUCUUGGUCAAACUGUAAUACAAAAGAUGUUAUUAAACCUAAAA